GAUUAAAAAAACAAUAACUAUACAUUAUUAAAACUAAAAACUGGCAUCCUCGAUGGUCACCCGGAGGUCCUGCUCCCUUAGCGAAUGAACACGUGAUUUCCAUGCUGCGGAAGUUAGCGGUCGCUGCCGGGCUGGGAGAGCGUGUCAGAGUUAAAUCUAGGAGCUGCUUUUUUUAAGACUGUUAUUAUUAUCAUAUAAUCGAACCAUGGAUGACGAAGAGGAGACCUACAGGCUGUGGAAAAUCAGGAAAACCAUCAUGCAGCUGUGUCACGACAGGGGCUACCUGGUGACGCAGGACGAGUUGGACCAGACCCUGGAGGAGUUUAAGAACCAGUUUGGGGAUAAACCCAGCGAGGGGCGGCCCCGGAGAACCGACCUCACAGUGCUGGUGGCUCACAACGACGACCCCACGGACCAGAUGUUUGUCUUCUUUCCAGAGGAGCCCAAGGUUGGGAUCAAGACCAUCAAGAUGUACUGUCAGAGGAUGCAGGAGGAGAACAUCACCCGAGCCUGCAUCGUGGUGCAGAUGGGAAUGACACCAUCCGCCAAACAGUCACUGGUUGACAUGGCACCCAAGUACAUCCUAGAGCAGUUUCUACAGCAGGAGCUGCUUAUUAACAUCACAGAACACGAGGUGAGAGCCCGGCCCACAAUCACAAGUGCGUACGGGGAUAGAAACUUCCACCAGUCCUGCACCUGGCUUCAGAACUCCCCUGGUUUAGGUUCAUUAUUGAGAUCAACAGGAACCAGCAGUUUGAACAAUCAAGCCCCUGCUAAAUCUGCUCUGAGCCGAUGGUCCUUGAAUCCCUGCGUCUGCAGGUUGACUGUUAGGAGUUAUUCAUGCAGCUGUAAGGGAAGGAGCAAUGGGUUUCACAGGGGCUGCUCACACUCCUGGAUACUGAAUUAUUUAAAUAAUAAACUUCAUUGAUGGCAGUUUGGAAAC